UGGAGUAGCCAGUCACUGCUGGCCCCCUACCAACGCCUCGUUUCGCUGUUUUCUGAGACAGCACGCGCCGCUCAGAGUCAGGACGCGGAUAAAAGUUGAACUGCUCUGGGUCCUCAUCUCUUUGUGCUCAACAUGCAUAAAGUUGCCUCUUUUCUUCGUGGCCGUUUGGCGGUUUUAACGAGACAGCCCUGCAUUUCGCCCACUUUGGCCCGAAUCCACAUUGCGUGUGGUGCAUUAUGUCAGAAAUCAGCCUUGAGAUCCCCUCCUGCAGACGUGCCAGAGAUGCCACCCUGCAGUUUUAGUCCAGAGGAAUACAAGGGCAUGUCAAAGGCACGGAUGAUGGAAAUUCGCCAACAGAACUGCAGCCCUAUGACCAUGAAGGUCACCUAUUAUAAAAAGCCAGUGUUCAUCCACCAGGGCUACAUGCAGUGGUUAUGGGAUGUGGACGGGAGACGAUACCUGGAUCUGUUUGCUGGUGUGGCUACUGUCAGUGUGGGCCAUUGUCACCCGAAAGUAAGGGCUGCUGCAGAGCAGCAGAUGAAAAAGCUCUGGCAUACCACGAACAUUUAUGUCUAUCCUACCCUCCAUGAGUACUGCGAAAAACUAGUCUCCUAUUUUCCAGAUCCUCUUAAGGUGAUCUAUCUCACCAACAGCGGCUCUGAAGCCAAUGACCUGGCAAUGCUGAUGGCUCGCCUUCACACUGGCAAUUAUGACAUAAUCACUUUAAGAGGAUCGUAUCAUGGUGGGAGCCCACAGGCUAUGGGUCUUACUUCCAAUGCAGCUUAUAAAUACCCCAUUGCCAAUGGUUUGGGUUGCACAAAUACCAUGUGUCCCGAUGUAUUCAGAGGCCCGUGGGGAGGAAGCCACUGCAGGGACUCUCCAGUACAGACGACCAGAGAGUGUAGCUGUGCUCAAGGUAUUUGCAUGGCAAAUGAGCAAUACAUUGGGCAACUCCAAGAGACUUUAGCUACAAGUGUCCCAACUAGAAUUGCUGCUUUUUUUGGAGAACCUAUUCAGGGAGUUGGAGGAGCUGUUCAGUACCCUAAAAACUACCUUAAACAGGCUUACAAACUUGUAAGAGAGAGAGGAGGGAUCUGCAUCGCUGAUGAGGUCCAAACAGGAUUUGGCCGAACUGGAAGCCACUUCUGGGGUUUCCAAGGACAUGACGUCAUUCCAGAUAUGGUAACAAUGGCUAAGGGUAUUGGUAAUGGAUUCCCCAUGGGAGCUGUUGUUACAACACCUGAAAUUGCAGCCUCAUUUGCCAAAGGGAUUCAUUUUAACACCUUUGGAGGAAAUCCUGUGGCUUGUGCUGUUGCUUCAUCAGUGCUUGAUAUUAUUAAAGAGGAUGGCACACAGAAGGUUAGCCUUGACGUUGGCUCCUAUCUGAUGGUGGAACUGGCAAAACUCAGAGACAAGUAUGAGAUCAUCGGUGACGUUCGUGGAAAAGGCCUGCAGAUUGGAGUGGAAAUGGUCAAAGACAAGGUCAGCAGAGACCCACUGUCCCAUCAGGACAUGGUUGAGAUCUUUGAGGAUGUUAAAGACAUGGGAGUCCUGAUAGGUAAAGGAGGAGUCUAUGGACAGACCUUUCGCAUCAAACCCCCCAUGUGCAUCACAAAGGAAGAUGCAGAUUUCUUCUUGGCAGUUUUUAACAAGUCCAUCCAAAACUACAUGGAACGAAGAUGAGACCUCAAUAAAGCAGAAGAGCAAAUCAAGCCAGGAUGUAUUUUUUUAUUCCCUCUGGGAUUAAUAAAGUAUUUUUGAAUUGAAUUGAAUCUUCACAGAGGAUUAUAAUUUCAGUUUUAAACUUGUGCCAGUAUUAAUAACAGACUUAUUGUACACAUUCAUAAAAGAGAAAUAUCUUCUCAUCACAAUGACAUCAACUAAAGUGUACUAUUGUAUGUCUGUGUGAUUGUGAAUGUAACACAUUUUGUCCAUUUUAUGAGUCAUGGAUAGAGUAAUACAUCAAUGCUUUAUGAAUCAACUUAUCUUUCAAAAUAAACUGAUACUUUUUGUAACUCUGAUGAAGACACAUCCAGUGUAGAAACAUUAGUUUUCCUUUGUUUUACUCGCACCUAGUAAAACUUGGCUCACCUGAGUGCUCC